AUGCAGAGGCUCGUUUCUUUGAAACUGGCCUCAAACUUCCCCAAAAAGCUCUCUAACUCAUCCACCACCACCACCACUACUACCUCUUCAAUCUUCCACUUUCAACCACACAAAACUGUUUCUCUAACCAAACCACCCCAAACCCUAACCCAAAACCACUUCUUUAGCUCCUUCCCAGCACACUGGCUUCACCGUCUUCCUCAUUCAUGGAGGUUGCAGCACACUCUCACACAAAAGAUUCAUGGGUUGCUCUCCAACCCAUUACUCAAACGGCAAUUUUUGGUGGAUUUCUCAAAUACCCUUUUGAGAGCCUCAAGCAAAAGUCUUUCAGAUUUCAGGCUUGGCUUUCUCAGAGUCCAAUUUUCCAGACAGGGUUCUAAGUUCCAGUUCAACCCAAAGUUUACUUCUCCUCGGAGUGUGUGGAGAUCAUGGCUCCGAAGGGUAUCAGAGGGUGAGGUCACUGUCGGGGUUUGGGGAUUGAUUAUAGCUAAUGCUGCGGUGUUGUUGUUAUGGGAGAUUGCAGAUAUUGCCUUCAUGGUGAAGAAUUUUGUUAAUGCAUUAAUCAAUGUUAGACAUGGACGUCUUCACACAUUGAUAACUUCUGCCUUCAGUCAUUUCGACACUGAGCGUUUCAUUCAUAACAUGAUUGGACUAUAUGUUUUUGGGGCGCAUAUUGAAAGAAUUUUUGGGCCUCAAUUUUUGCUGAAGUUGUAUCUAGAUGGGGCUCUUGGUGGCUCGGUCUUUUUCUUGUUGCACGAAACCUACCUGGCUGUGUCAUCGAUGGGCCGGCGAAAGGAGAACAAAGACACAAAGCUGGGACUGGGCGCAGACGGGGCCGUUAAUGCUAUCAUUUUGCUUUACAUAUUCCUCUUCCCAAAAUCCAUCUCGACUCGGGGGUUGUUCCUGGUAAGUUUGCUUCUAUAUGGGAUCUUUCUAAUUGGGACAGAUAUCUGCAGGCUAAUACUGGGAGACGAAACAAUCUCAGGGGCUACACAAUUGGGAGGUGUUGCAGUUGCAGCCUUUGCCUGGACACGACUUCGAAAGGGGCGAUUCUGA